AUGGGUCUUUGUGCAUCUGGUAUGAACGCUGAAGAGCGUGAAGCUAUGGAAAGAAGUAAAGCAUUAGAUAAACAAUUGAAAGAAGAUGCUGAACGAGCAGCUAAAGAUGUCAAAUUACUUUUGCUCGGUGCUGGUGAAUCUGGUAAAUCAACAAUAUUAAAACAAAUGAAAAUUAUUCAUAUGGAUGGAUAUUCAAAAGAAGAUUUUGAACAGUAUCGAGAAGUUGUUUAUUCAAAUACAAUUCAAUCAUUAGCAACUAUUAUUCGAGCUAUGGAAACUCUUAACGUUCAAUUUGGCUCAAAUGAUCGUGAACGAGAUGCUGCUAUGGUAUUGGACAAAAUUUCUCGUAUGGCCGAUACGGAACCAUUUGAAAGUGAAUUACUCGAUGCAAUGAAAAAAUUAUGGAAUGAUAUUGGUGUUCAAACAUGUUUUACUCGUUCAAAUGAAUAUCAAUUAAAUGAUUCAGCGAAAUAUUUUCUUGAUAAAUUAGAAGAAAUUGGCUCACCACAAUAUUUACCAAGUAUACAAGAUGUUUUACGAACACGUGUUAAAACAACUGGAAUUGUUGAAAUUAAUUUUACAUUUAAAGGUUUCAUAUUAAUUUGCAAAGAAAAAUUUAAAUAUACAAAGAUAUAUAUAUUUUUAGAUCUUAAUUUUCGUGUAUUUGAUGUUGGUGGUCAAAGAUCUGAACGUAAAAAAUGGAUUCAUUGUUUCGAAGAUGUAACUGCAAUUAUAUUUAUUGUUGCUUUAAGUGAAUAUGAUCAAGUACUUGUUGAAGAUGAAACAACUAAUCGUAUGCAUGAAUCUCUUCGUCUAUUCGAUUCAAUUUGUAAUAAUAAAUGGUUUGUUAACACAUCGAUUAUUCUCUUUUUGAAUAAAAAAGAUUUAUUCUCUGAAAAAAUCACACGAUCAAGUUUAAGAAAAUGUUUUCCAGAAUACCAAGGUAAAGAUGAUUAUACCGAAGCAAGCGAAUAUAUCCAAGCUCAAUUCGUGGCACAGAAUAAGAGCGAACAAAAAGAAAUUUACUGUCAUCUAACAUGCGCUACAGAUACGGAGAAUGUUCAAUUUGUAUUUGAUGCUGUUACUGAUGUCAUCAUAACAAAUAAUCUCCGUGCCAGUGGUCUUUAUUAG